AGAGAUCCUAAAUAGUUCUCGCGGCGGAUUCACGAACGGCCUCCCGCGAACGUUGAAUUGGCCGGAACAUGUUUACAUUGUAUAAAGCCGAGGUUUCUCUUGAUCAAUCAUGAGACUGUCGCCUAUUUUACUGACAUCACAGUACUAUGUGAAUAAUGUGAGACCAAAGAAUGGAAGAAAACCAACACGACAGCCAUUUCCAUUCCAGAAUAUUCUACCUAUAUCAUUGAGAGACCAUGUGUCUGGAAAGGGAAAUAAACAACAAAAUGUGGCUUGUCUGCAAGAGAUGUCAGUAUUAUUUGCCUGUUUGAAAGCAAAUGACUUCAAUCAAGCAAUGUGUCCGAAGGAAAUUCAGUCUUUUAAAGGCUGCCAUAAAAAUUUCUUGGUAACCAAAAAACUAAAGAAAGUUCAAGAGAGAGAGGGUGUUCUUGUACCUGGGGAAAAGGACCUAUCUCCAAAACAACUCAAUCAGCUCCUAAGGAAAUACCCUCAGCCAAAUUGAUUUUUUUUUUUUUUUUCUAGAUAUGUUUGUGUAAUAAAGUGUACAUAUGGA